GUCUAAAGCAAAAUUAACGUAAAAUGUCAAGCGGGCCAAUUUUUGAUAUAUGAUCAGGCUAGGUAGGGCCGGUUUUGAGGUUGUGGCUCAGUUUUUCCACCAUUAGAUCUCGCAACCUCUUCAACCCCGUCGGUCUCCUCAGUCACUUCACUAUCAAACGGCGGCGGCAAUUUACUCCAGCGUCAUACAGGCGUUUCGGACGCCAGGGGAGUCUUCGAGAUAUCUGUAGAAUCGACCUAGACAAAAUCUUCGCAGAAUGCUUAUGCGGCUUAGGGCCGGUUUGGUCCUAAAAGGGAUCUAAGGGCUCAUUCCCUAAAACGCUAAAUCUAACCUCUCCGGAGCAAAGUAUAACCUUGAAAAGAGUUGCUAGAUCUUCAGGUAGAUUAUCUCUCUAGAUUUUGACAAAGCUUGUAUCAAUUGUAAGAAAAUGUUAAGGAAGAAUGGAAGGGAUCGGAUUAAGGGUAUAUAGGCAAUCUAACCACAGUUACCUACAUACUACACAGUUGGUGAUAUUUUGAAUUUCCAGCAACAAACCGGAGGCUUGCUUGGCUGAACCAUUCCAAGAUGUUGCGGUUAUUUCUCCGAGCAGCAGGUUCGUCGCUGCCAAUGGCGAAACCUCAAGCGGCCGUCUCCCACUUGCUGAUACCUCAACAGCUGCUCUCUUCUCGAGCUUUUUCUGCGUUAGGCGCAAACCAAACCUUACCAAAGGGGAAUAGAGCGACCUCGAAGGCAAUUGAAGUCCCUGGGGGAUCCUUGGAGGCCGUAACCAUCAACCGCCUCAAUGACGGGGCUCGCAUCCGCGCUCUUGCAGAAGACGAAAAAAAUGCAUCUCUUGAUGUUGGUCCGAAUCUCCAGCCGCUCUUCACCCCAGCCAACUCUCUCUCUGAACUUAGCAAAAAAGAUACUUGCACUUACAUGAAAUUCAGUAUAGAGGAAUUGGAAGCGGUGUUGCCUGAAGGACUGCCCAUGGGAAUGCUAAAAGAAUUUGAGGAUUCAAAGAGAAAUGCAUUGCUAAUACGGCAGAGCUUUCUGGAUCUUCGAGAUAAUUUCAGGCGGAUCGUUGAUCCUUCUAUACAGAAUAAUGUCAAAGGUUCUAAACCUCGGAAACAGAUUGUGUUAGACGGCCCUGUUAGCUGUGGUAAAAGUAUUGCUCUUGCAAUGCUUGUUCACUGGGCACGUGAAGAAGGAUGGUUGGUCUUCUAUGUCCCAAGAGGUCGAGAAUGGACUCAUGGAGGAUUUUUCUAUAAAAGCCUUACAAGUGCUUUAUGGGAUACUCCUGUUCAGGCAGGAAAUAUUCUCCAGGACUUUUUAAAGUAUAAUGAACGACAUUUGCGAAAUUUGCCAUGCAAAAUAUUUGAUCCAAUUUCCUUGGGAGAAGGCGUGGGCGUUGGACCGCCGAAAGGUGACAUGACUAUGGAAAUACCUGAGGGUCAUAGUCUAUUUGACCUGGUUGAGAGAGGUAUUAGUAACACACAUGCCUCUGUUGGAGUGGUUGAUCGUUUGAGGCAAGAACUGUCUCUUGUGAAAGAUAUGCCUGUUCUUAUUGCAAUUGACCAAUACAAUAGUUGGUUUACAUUCAGUGAGUAUCAGGAACCAGCAAGCGUGCGUUCUUGCAGACCCAUCCAUGCCAAGGAGCUUAAAACAGUCAAUGCAUUCAGAUCAAUGCUUCACGAUGAUAUGAUGAUUGGUGUUUUCUCUCAUUCAACGGCAGUAGGGAAACUGCGUAAAGACUUACCAAAUGUUCCAGCUGAUGCACGCUUGAAUUUUCCUCGAUAUACUUUAGAUGAAGCUGCCGCUGUUUGUUAUUACUACCUCAGGCAGAGACUUAUACGUCGUGAGUCAUUCUCAGAAGAAAACUGGAAGAAGAUUUACUACCUAUCCAAUGGAAAUGGAGCUGAGAUGAGAUGGCUGGUACCCUUUAUGAGAUGACGACUUUUUAUUAUUAAUCGUGAAAGCACACGACCAAAUAUUUAGUGCGGCUAAUGUAACUUAAAUUUUCAGAUAUGAUUAAUAAAUUAACAAUGUGUUGCAUUUAGAGUGCUGGCUUGAUCUUUUUUAGGUGAGAAUUGCUUGUGCUUUGUAAAAUGUUCUUCAGUCUGGUGAUACUUUUACUGCCUUGAGCAUUCAUGAUUAGCAAGUGUUUUUUUGAAAGACAUUAUUGCCGAGUGUUAAGGAUGUGUUUUCCAUCACCUUUUAACUAUAUCAAUUGCAUGGAGAGAUUU